AUGAAAAUUACCGUAACCACCACCUCGACCGAUAAGGUCUUCUUUCUCGAUGUCAGCGAAGAAUUGGAAUUGGAAAAUUUCAAGGCAUUUUGUGAGGUGGAAUCGGGUAUAGCGGGUGCCCAAAUGUUAAUCAUAUUCAAUGGUAAACCCUUGAUGGAUAACAAACAACCACUGAAACAUUUUGGCAUUAAAGAUGGUGAUUGUGUGGUAUUGCAAAAACGUGAAAUACGCCGUGAACCUGUCAGCCGUCCACCACCAACACCUAUGGAUUUGGACGAAGCAGCUAUACGCAGUUUGGACUUUAGCAAUAUAAGUAUACCAGGCACUAGUACAGGCUCAACAACCGGUUCAAGUCUGGCUGCUGGUGGUGCAUUUCGUUCCUUACCCUCGGCCAGUGGUCUAAUCAAUUACAAUGAUUCGGAUGAAUUUAAUGUCAACUAUGAUGACGAUCCAGCCACCGUGCGUCAAAUGUUCUUGGAAAAUCCCGAAUCAUUGGCAUUGUUAAAACAGAAUAAUCCACGUUUGGCCGAUGCCCUGUUGUCGGGUAAUUUGGAUACAUUUAAAACGAUUCUAAAGGAACAAAUUGAUGCACGCAAGGAACGUAAUGCACAACGUCUGCGUAUGCUAAAUGCUGAUCCAUUUGAUGCGGAAGCCCAGCGUCUAAUCGAAGAGGAAAUAAAACAGAAAAAUAUUCAAGAGAAUAUGGCAGCGGCAUUGGAAUUUAAUCCGGAAAUAUUUGGAACAGUUAUUAUGCUUUACAUUAACUGCAAGGUAAAUGGUGUCCCGGUCAAGGCAUUUGUUGAUUCUGGGGCCCAAACCACCAUAAUGAGUUCAGCAUGCGCCAAACGUUGCAAUGUCACACAUUUAAUUGACACCAGAUGGAGUGGCAUUGCCAAAGGUGUUGGCACCCAACGCAUCAUUGGCCGCAUCCACAUGGUCCAGUUGCAAAUUGAAAAAGACUAUUUGGCCUCGAGUUUUUCGGUGCUGGAACAACAACCCAUGGAUAUGCUGUUGGGUUUGGAUAUGCUCAAGAGACAUCAGUGCAACAUCGAUUUGCAACGUGAUGUGUUGCGCAUUGGUACCACCGGCACCGAAACACCAUUUUUGGCCGAAAAUGAACUGCCCGAUUGUGCCCGCCUCUCGGGCAAUGUCGAUGACGAACUCAAAGCCUUAGAACAAUCUGCCAAUGAUUCGGAAGCUCAGGCCAUUAAGGAGGCAAUUGAACAGAGUAAACGAGAUGCGGCUAGUGGUAGUGGUGGAGGUAAAUGAACAAA